GACCGGCAAAUCAGUUGCAGUCGCGAAUUAGCAUCGCACAGACGCGCUUUUUUGGGAUAUAUACCUACAUAUAUUUUAAUCGCGUGUUCAGCUAUGGUGCAUAAAAAUCAAGAUGAUGAUGAUGAACACGAGUUGGUAAUGGAGAAACGUGUUAUCGAAUUGCAGCAAUGGAUUAAAACGCAACCGCAAUUCCCACAAAAUAUAUCUUCAAAACUGUUGCGUCGCUUUCUGCACACAACUCGCGGCGAUGCAAGUGCCUCACAACGUUUGCUGGAACUGAAUUAUACAUUGAGGAAUAAGCAUGCCCACAUAUUCAUUGAUCGUGAUCCCAUGGAUGCCAGUUCCCAGCAGUUGUUGCAAGUAGCCGAUUUAAUACCAUUGCCUGGUUUGACACCGGAAAAUAAUAAAUUACUCUUUUAUCGCCUGAUUGACUUCGAUGCGGACAAGUUUAAUUUUACAGCUGGCAUUAAGGUCUUCUUCAUGGUGGCUGAUUGUCGUUUCGCAACCGAGAAUGAUGGCCGUCUAUCGGAUGGUGAAAUUCCCAUAUUCGAUAUGGCCGGUUAUACCCUACGCCAUUUGACCAAAACAGUGCUCAGCUCACUGCGUUGCUAUAUGAAAUUUGUCCAAGAGGCACAUCCUGUACGACUUAAGGAAAUCCAUGUCAUCAAUUGUCCAUCAUAUCUGGAUAAAGUAUUGACCGUUGUCAAGCCGUUCAUUAAGAGUGAAGUCUUUAAAUUGAUACAUUUUCAUCUACCGAAUGCCGAUACACCCUAUAAACAUUUCCCACAAUCCAUGAUGCCCGAAGAAUAUGGCGGGAAUGCCGGCAAAAUGUCCGAUCUGAAGAAUCAAUGGAUGCAAUUGCUCAAAGAACAAAGGGACUAUCUAAGUGAUCCAUUAAACUGGCAGCUCAACAAAGUAUCCAAAAAGUUUGGACAAUCCAAGAAAUACAAUGAAAUUAUUCCAAGUCUAAAAACAUUAGAGAUCGAUUAGUUUAGUUUUAAGAAUUGUUUAUGGUUUGUUUUCUUUUU